AUGCAGUUUGAAUUGUACUCAAAGGAAGCCAAACUCAUGAGAGUGGUUUGGGAAGUCCUUAAUAUUGGUCCUGAUUGUGGUGUAUAUCUGAUGAGGCACAUGGAGUUCUACAAGGGAGAUCUAGUAGGGAAUUGGGAAACAGGAUUUAAAGGAAUAAAACAUUGUGAUGUUGGAGUAUUAUCAAGGUUGAGGUACAAAUAUAUGUAUAAACUGAUGACCUCGGAUCAUAAUCUGCAGAAAGACAUGUUUUUGAAGGAAGAUGAUAAGUUUUCAAAGCUAGAUAUAUUGCAGAAAUGUGUUUUGUUUGAUGAGGCGAAGAAGUUGGCAAAGAAAAAAAAUAAAGAAGUUUGA